CCAGAAUUCCUUUCGGUAAACAACAACGCGUGUUACAAAAACAAAAACAAAUUUUUGUCAUUAUUUGAUAAUCUGGUGAAUAUAAACGGUUGGGUUAACAAGAAUGCCGGAAGGCCCAGAACUGCAUUUGUCGAGUCGUUUCAUCAAUACAGUGUGUCGUGGAAGAAUAUUCACUGGAAAAGUUGUAAAAUCUGAAGUCAGUACGAAAAAUCCGGACAUUGAUUGGGAUGAAAAGUCAUACACGAUUUCUUCGUCCUCCAGAGGGAAAGAACUACAAAUAACCUUGACGUCAACCGGGAACAAUAUAAAAAAGAAUACAAAGAAAAUAGCUAAAUUAAAGGUCCCCGAAAAUGCAGGAAAAUCUCAAAAAAUAUUCUUCAACUUUGGGAUGUCUGGUCGGUUUAAUUUUUGUGAGUCUAACGAGAUGGUGAAGCAUUCCCAUUUAAACUUUUAUACUGGGUGUAAGCCGCCAAUGGUUCUAAGUUUUGUAGACUAUCGGAGAUUUGGAAGAUGGAGAAUUGAUGACGAUUGGGCCCCUGACAGAGGGCCCUGUGUAAUCUUGGAGUACCCACAAUUUAGAGAAAAUGUGUUAAAGAGAUUGUCAGAUACAGCAUUCAACAAACCUAUCUGUGAAGUUCUUCUAAACCAGAAAUAUUUCAAUGGAGUCGGAAACUAUCUGAGAGCUGAAGUUCUUUACAGAGCUGGUGUACGUCCAUUUGAUCAAGCAAGAGCCGUUUUAGAGGAAUUGGUAGAUACUAAUUGCAGUGGCGAUACAAAGAUAAAGAAAGAAAAUGGAGACGUACUAGAACUAUGUAACCGCUUAGCUUUAGAAGUAGUUCAGUUAGGUGCUACUGUGUAUAAUCCAAGUCCCGAUGAAGAUCAUUCUAAAUUUACUGCUUGGUUACAGUGUUAUUAUAAUCCUGGUAUGAAAAAUAUGGUUGAUCAUAACAAGAGAACAAUAUGGUAUGCUGGAGAUGCUGGUCCUAUGGUACCUAAAGAUAUAAAGACAAAGGGAAUGAAAAAGAGAGCAGCACAGAUCAAAGAAGAAAUGACGACAACAGAAGAUGAGAGCCAAGAAGAAGACGAAAGUCCAAAAAAGAAACCAAGGAAAACGUCGAACAAAAAAUUGACAACUUUUAAUCAGGAAGAAAAAGAUAGCCAAGAACAUGCUAUAAAUUCCCCCAAGAAAAAGACAAGAAGGGUUACCCGUAAUACUUUAAAAGAUUCGCAUCAAUCACAGACGUCAUAUUCAUCGGAUAAUCCAAUUGUUAAACGUGCGAAGCGUAAAGGAAUAAAACAAAAUUCUCCUGAGAAAAAAACAAAAAGAGUCACCCGAAGAAGUCUGCAAGAUUCAGAACAGCCACAGACGCCCGGUUCUUUGGAUAUACCAGUUGUUAAAGGUACAAAGAAGGACGUAAAAGAAAUAAUAAAUGAUUACAAUGAAACGAUUACUACUAAUAAGUCAGAAGUUGUAGUCAUAAAAGAGGAUAGCUUGAAGGAUAAAUUAGAAAGAACCAAGCGAUCCUUACAACAUAAUAAUAAAAAUACCAGAAAACUUAAAGUACCAAGUACUAAAGUUCGAAAACUUUUAUCCAGGCGUAAAUUCUGACAAAAUGGUGUUUCAUAGAACAACUCAAUAAACAAACCAUCAUAUAACGUUUUCAUUGAAUACUGGACUAUUUUUAAUCGUGAAUUUCUUUCUGUCGUCAAUUUCCUUUCAUAUUGAAUUUCACAAUAUAAUUAUCACUUACACUGCCUGGCAAUGAAUGUUCCGAUAUAGAUUAUGUACUAAGAUUUUAUACCCGAAGUGUUCAAUAUUUCUAAUUGUGUUAUUUUCAUAAUGAUCAUAUUAAUAUAUUUUUAGCACUAUUUGUUUUGAUUUGUACUCAACAUUUUAAUGAAAUAGAUUUGAAACUAAAAAUCUUAUAGAUUUUGUCA